AUGGCGAAUAGGACGGAUCCGUUGGCGAAGAACAUAAGAGGGACGAACCCGCAGAAUCUGGUGGAGAAGAUCGUGAGGACGAAGAUUUACCAGCAUACUUUUUGGAAGGAGCAGUGUUUUGGUCUCACGGCGGAGACGCUUGUCGAUAAGGCUAUGGAGCUUGACCACAUUGGUGGAACUUUUGGUGGUAACCGCAAGCCUACUCCGUUCCUUUGCCUUAUACUGAAGAUGCUACAAAUCCAGCCUGAGAAGGAUAUUGUCGUGGAGUUCAUCAAAAACGAUGAUUACAAGUUAGAUUGCAGCUAUAGGUUGAUUAUUGAGAAGGUUUACUCUCUUGGUUUCUGCAGGUAUGUUCGUAUACUUGGUGCGUUUUAUCUCCGUCUCACUGGAAGUGAUGUUGAUGUCUAUCGCUACCUUGAACCUCUCUACAACGACUACCGGAAAGUGAGGCAAAAGCUAUCUGAUGGGAGGUUUUCGUUGACACAUGUAGACGAAGUUAUCGAGGAACUUUUAACCAAGGAUUAUUCUUGUGAUAUUGCAAUGCCACGCUUGAAAAAAAGGUGGACUCUUGAACAGAAUGAUUUGUUAGAGCCAAGGAAAAGCCUGUCCGGUAUAGCUGAUGCUCGCGCAUCGUGUCUAGCAUUCAAUCUUAUGAAUAUCGGUAUCCUCUGUGGCAUCUCAAGCCAUCAGCAGUUACAACCAGCUUCCAAAAUUGAAACCGUGGAGAUCCUGCCAGGUUUCACUGUACUGACAGUGUACAGUGAGAAGUAUGAUGGAUCAAACAGUCUUACAAUAGCUUUACCCUGA